GGAAAUACAAAAACUUCCGGUGAACUUCCUGGUUUUGUUUGCAUAGUGGCUAACUUUGCUAGCUAUGUCAUUUCCAACUAUUUAAAACGCUCUUUGUAUGUCCGUGAGUCAAACUGUGUUGGAAACGUUAAAACGCACUCUCUCGUCGACAAGACCUGCAAUGGCUUGCUCUUAGUCAUGCAAGUAACGUUAGUUGAAAUGUAGUAACUGUUAGCUAACGGCUAACUUGACAGCUAAAAUAGCUAGGAUAGGAAUAGGAUGUGCUGUUAGGAAGUUAGCCAGCCAACACUGAUUAUGUUUCUGCUUAUUCGUCUGUUAUGCUUCUACUUGUUUUAAAUAACUUCUGCGCUAUGGACACCGAGGGAAUAGAGAUCCGUAUAAAGACUCCCGUCGGGGAUAUGGACUCAUCCGUGGACUGCCCAUCACUUUUGAGCUUCAGUGACUUGUUGGUCGCUAUAAGGGAUGUCAUGCCCGAAACCACAAUCACUGCGUUUGAAUAUGAGGAUGAGGUGGGCGAUAGAAUCACUGUUAGGAGUGAUGAAGAACUCAAAGCCAUGCUGUCAUAUUACUGCAAUAAUGUGAAGGAGCAGCGGAUGAAUGGCCUACUGCCUGAGCCUCUCCAGAUAUUUCCUCGAGCCGGCAAGACUCCAGGGAUCCGGAACAUACAUGGCCUGAAGGUACCCAUCUCAAUAAUUGUUUCAGGAGAAAAGUUGGGGCGAAAUGGAUUGGUAACGCUGUGUUCCACUUAUUGAAAUGUCAAUUGAAGUCAAGGUUCUCUUUCUCACACACACGCACACACACACACACACACACACACCCCCCUCCCCUCUCUCUCUCCGCUUUGUAUUUAUAUAUGUAGAUGUCUGGCUGUAUUCCUUUCUUUCUUUUCUCCAUCUCUCUCUCUCUCUCUCCUCUCUCAUUCUCUCCUCUUUAACAUUCUCUCUGUCUCUCUCCUUAACAUUCUCUCUCUCUCUCUCUCUCUCUCUCUCUCUCUCUCUCUCU